AUGGAUGGAACAGAUAACAUAUUUUGGUCAAGUACUUUUAUGAAAAAAAGAAAGCGUUUUAAAAAGAAAAUGUCAGGUGAAUUGACAGCAGACGAAAGACUAGUUGAUGAAAAUAAAUUGUUUGAAGUUGAAGUUUAUAAAGUUGUUUAUAACAACGCUCUCGCUAAAUUAAGCAAUAGGUAUAUGAUCAACGAGGAUCUAAUUUAA